AUGGAUUUGUUCAAAAAAGCUCGAAAGCAGGUGAAGGCUGCUGUGAAGGAUGUCCAGCAACAAGUCAAUCAGAUUUCCAGCGGAACGCACCAACAGCCUGCAAACACACAAUUGUAUGGAAACAACCAGCAGCAAUUUUAUGCUCCUCUUCAACAGCCUCCUCAGAAAACUCAAUAUCUUGCUUAUGGACAGCAGGCUUACCCAUCUCCACCACCACAGCACCAGUAUUCUUCUCCGACUGCUGCUUAUGGAUAUCCCGGACAAACGCAGACACAAACGGGUUACCAACCCCAGAAUCAACAACAAUAUUUCCCACCUCCGCAGUCAUACCCACCGCCGCCAUCAACAUCUAGCCCUGCUCAGACUCCCGGCUCUGCUCAUCGGCAGCCAGUUCCUGAAUACCAACCCACCUACCAGCAGCCACCGACUCAACAACCACACCAAUAUCCUCUUUACCAAGACUCAAAUCAACCGCCUACGCCUCUACCAACUCCUGCAUCAGGCUAUCCGCCAGCCGCGCCUCAGAAUGUCUCAGGAGCCCAUUAUUUUUCCUCCACCGCCCCAGAAAUCCCAACUGCCGGUCCUCUAGAUCCCACUAAACCGCCUAGUUCUGAUCCAGUUCAACAGCUCGAGGCACAGUAUCGAGGACUUGACAUUGGAGGCGUGGCCCAAUCGCAAAACUCACAAAAUGGGCCACAUACAAAUAUACCACAGCAAUAUCAAACAAGCUCUGCAAUAUCUCCAACCUCAGCUAGUCCUUGGAAAACGAAGUGCCCCCUAUUCGAAGAGGUCCUAAGCGAUGUGGUUCCAUUCUACGAAUUGAAUACCAUAGUUCUGCAGUCUCACUCCAUGCCAGUUCCUCCAGCAUCUAUCGUACUCGUCUGCGAGUACUGCUUCUUGACGGUUCUGGCACCGCAUCCACAUCUAGCAAGUUGUUUUACUAUACGACCGAAAGAUGAACGGCCUGCAGACAAGACCCAUCCCCAGAUCUCUUUCGAAAGGAUCGGUGGGUGUGCUUUAGCCUUUCCUCGAAUAAGAAGUACCGUUAUCAAUCAGUGUAUUCCGCAGAGGUCAAUCACACCGUUCGUCGAAUACUGCAGGCUUGAUGCAGACCUCGGUGCGUGUCAAGGAGGAUCUGCGACUGGACCAUACUAUACAUGCAAAGCUAUCGAUUCUUUGGCUUUCUGCAAUAGUUGCUAUGAAUGCUUCAUCGUCGGUACGCCGUUCCAAAGGAACUUCACGAAGCAGCAUAUGCCAGAGCCUCACAUGGAAUGGGGUUGCGACCUGGGAUAUAGCGGGUUCUGUAACCGAACACUUUUGGCAGAUCUCAAUAAAGCUCGACCCGAUUUCGCUCAUGUUGCAGCUGCCAUGAACAAGAAACUCAGUUUUGCUCCUUGUGCUGGAGAAGGGAAUGCGAUGUUCCCGGCCGGAGCAGGUCUUUCAUACGCCUACCGGUCUGUGGCCGACAAUAGUGGUGUGUUCUGCUCCACUUGCUUCUACAAUGACGUCGCAGGGACUCCUGCGGAGAAGUAUUUCGGUUAUGCCUUCGAGCUGGAAGAACCUCAGAAAGGAACUCUCUGUUGUGACUUGGCGAGUCCCUUUUCCAAAUACGCAAUGACCACUGCAAGGAAUGCCACUGACUUCAGCCUUUGGCUUGAUCCCAUUCAGGCCCAUCACUCUCUGCCAUUGUGCCCUUCAAUUGCUGGCACUGAUGAAGCAGACAUGCCUUCCAUGGGAGAAAAUUGGCAAACUUGGUACCACUUCAGAGAUCAUCCAAACAUCGAGUGCUGCCCACGCUGCUACCGAACAAAUGUCGCUGUGCUAGAAGCCAAGCACUUAUUCGUUCCAAUCACGAGAGAGUUGAAACCUGGAAUGAUUCGUCAAUGCUACCUAUCGCCAUCCAAAGAUAUGACGGUAUCCGAGAGUUGGGAUCCGAUGGACUAUGAGAAUACAACUUUCUGGAGGGGAAACUAUAUCAGAAAUCUUUUGAGAUAUGGACACUUUGCCGGAAACGAUUUCACAGUUGCCAUCACCGAAAUAAAGAAGAUUGCUGAGUUACCAAAACCUUGUGGCUCAGAACUUAGGCGCUUCAAGCCGGUCAAUGGAAGGAAGUGGUUUGGUCAUGUCGCUGGCGACCCAAAUGAUCCCAACGAUGCGACUCUUCUUAUGUGCGAAGAAUGCCAUCUUUAUUCCGUCAAAGGCACACCAUUAGAGAGUCUCUUGAGCAACGACCUCACACAUCUCACGUUUGAUAAUCCAGAAGGUCAUCGCUGCAGUACCUGGUCCAAGCAGUGCAAGCGGCGUCUUCGGACUGCCUGCGAGACUAGCAACUUUGCAUCAUAUGCUCAGUAUCACCACAAGAGAGAAGAAGUGUACGCCCGGAUAUGGAGGAGUAUAGAAGAGCUGAAGCCUCUGGGUGAGCUGGUCAAGGGACACACUGCGAGGAUCAAUGCCGAGACACAGAUGAAUAUCCAGAUGGGCAGCAUUAGGCUGGCACAGCAAUUGAACGCUCAGCAGAACGCAAUUAUUUCUGGGGUUGGGGGAAGUGUUGCUGAGGCUGCUGCGACUGACCACGGGUAUAGAUAUGGCAAUUCUACAGUUGGUAUGGGUUACCUCACCCACAGCGGCGCGAGUGCUGCCAUGGCACAUCACAAUGCUGCGAACAGUCGAUACGAACCUCCACUCGAUCUUAAUGUGUGGCGAAAUGCGCCUCUGGAGCAGCUGACUACAGAGUACCAACGGAGACUUGAUGUUCAUAGUCAGAUACAGGAAGAGUGGAAAGCAAUUGACUGA